CUCUCUCGGCGGGCCAUGGAGGCGGGCUGCGGAGCGCGGGACCGGCGCUGGGCGCUGCCGGCGCUGCUGCUGGCGGCGGCGGCGCUGCGCGGGGCGACGGCGGAGCCCGAGGAGCCGCGGCGGGCGCGGGGCGACGAGCAAUGCCACUACUACGCGGGCGGACAGGUCUACCCGGGGGAGGCGGCUCGCCUGCCCGUGUCCGACCACUCGCUGCACCUCAGCCAGGCCAAGAUUUCCAAGCCUGCACCAUACUGGGAAGGAACAGCAGUCAUAAAUGGAGAAUUUAAGGAGCUGAAGUUAACAGAUUACGAAGGAAAAUACCUUGUCUUCUUUUUCUAUCCUCUUGACUUUACAUUUGUAUGUCCAACUGAGAUAAUCGCCUUCAGUGACAGAAUUGAAGAAUUCAGAGCAAUAAAUACUGAAGUAGUAGCAUGUUCAGUGGACUCAAAGUUCACUCACUUAGCAUGGAUCAAUACUCCUCGAAAACAAGGAGGACUUGGACCAAUGAAGAUUCCACUUCUUUCAGAUUUGACACACCAAAUUUCAAAGGACUAUGGCGUGUAUCUGGAAGAUCAAGGGCAUACACUUAGAGGCCUUUUCAUUAUUGACAAUAAGAGAAUCCUUCGACAGAUCACAAUGAACGACCUUCCUGUUGGGAGAUCAGUGGAUGAAACGCUUCGUUUAGUACAAGCAUUUCAGUACACAGACAAACAUGGAGAAGUUUGCCCUGCUGGAUGGAAGCCUGGCAGUGAAACCAUAAUUCCUGAUCCUGCUGGGAAACUGAAGUAUUUUGAUAAACUAAACUGAGGCUCACUUCUGUUGAAUUGCAUACGUCAUACUCAACUUGAUUUUUGCCAAUAAAAUUUCAUUAAGUUUGUUACUUUCUUGAA